GUUGUGUAGACAGAAUGUUCCUAUGCUUUAGACCGCUGUGUGGCUAUAUCUGAAAGAGUCAGAGGGGGAGAGGGAGAGAGAGAGAGAGAGUAUGAACGUUCCAUGUGAAAAAGGGUGGGGACACCAAAGCUAAGUGCAAAGAAGAAGUUUUUUUCCUCAGCUUCUUCAACUGAAGAUCUGGACUUCAACUGGUAGAAUUAACUUAAAAGAACGUAGAAAAAAAGUAGCAAUCCGAGUUGAAAAGUUUGGCAAGUUUGAGAACAUUUGUACUUCAGAAUGGGUGAAGAUGCAGUACAGGCUGAGAGAAGCAGCGCGACUCCACACGAAAGCCAGGACCUUGUGGUGCCCAGCCCUAGUCCCACUCAGAUGUCACCUACAGUGCCUGGGGGGGUCCCAGUAGGGGAGUCCACGGCAGCAAAGAAGGACAACAAUGGGGACACCCAAGUCAAUGCUAUUACAGUACUGACACUACUGGACAAGCUCGUCAACAUGCUGGACACCGUCCAAGAAAAUCAGCAGAAGAUGGAACAGCAGCAACUGGACAUGGAGAGUGUUGUGCGUGGCAUACAAACCGAUAUGACCAAGCUCUCCAAGAGCCACACUUCCACCUCCAACACUGUCAGCAAGCUGAUGGAAAAGUCCCGUAAGGUCAGCGUCCACAUGAAGGAGGUUAAGGACAAAAUGGACAAGCAGGCCAUACAGGUGAAAAAACUAGAAGCUAACCACUCCCAUCUCCUCAAGAGGAACAACUUCAAAGUGCUGAUCUUCCAGGAGGAGAAUGAAAUCCCUGCUACUGCCUUUGUUAAGGACCCUGUGCCCUACCCUCGUGACGCCGAGGAAGAGGUGCCCAUGGUGGAUGCCAAUCAUUCACAGGAAGAGGGGCUUCAGACAAUAAACUUAUCAUCUGAUGAAGAACUGGGGCUUGAUGAGGAAGACGACGACAGUGUGAUUGGAGAGAAGAUGGAUGAGACAAUGCAGAAGUCCCGGGCUGAAAAGAUCAAGCGUUCCAGCCUGAAGAAAGUUGAUAGCCUCAAAAAGGCCUUCUCUCGUCAGAACAUUGAAAAGAAGAUGAAUAAGAUCAGCACCAAGAUCAGUACCAGUGUGGCCAUUGAGAAGCGUGAGAAGCUCAAGCAGAGCAACCCCAGCGCCAAGAGCUCCUCCUUUAAGGUGCCGACUCUCUCAUUCGGUCUCAAGAAAACGCAGGACACCCAGGCUUCUCCGAAGGCUGAGGAACCACCGGCAGUAGUGGCUGCAGUUGAGAUGGCUCCCAUUAAAAGCCUAGAUGAAAAUCUCCCUUUCACUGAGGUGCACUCUGACCUGGCCCCAGCGCUGGAGGACGCCCUCACUAACUCCUCCAUCCACAUAGAUGCUGAGCAGUCCUUGGCAGAAGAUGAAGACCAUGAAUAUACCCUGUCUGCCACUUUGCCCCAGGAAGAUUCCCUACCGCGCCAUUCCUCCGCUCUGCACCAAUUAGAUGAAGAGAAAGAACAAGAAGAGCAAGAAGAGGAGGAGGAAGAGGAGAAAAAAUGAUGGGUCAUUUUAUAUUUUUUUCUAUUUCCCAUCCAUAGCAUCCAUCACCUCAAUAUCUUUCUUCCUGUUAACAUCCUUCAUCUAUCAUUCUUCUAAUGCACACAUUUUUCAUACGUUUACCUCUUUCAUUUAACAAACAAGCACCAUUUUGUAUUACUGUACACAUGCAUGUCUUGUGGAUAAUCAGAUUUUGUAUGUAGUACAAUGUAGUUAAUUCUUAUGUAAGCUUUGUCAGCUUUGAUCAUGUCUUAUCUACCAAUUAUAUAUUCAAGAUGCCUUAAGCAAUUUCUCCCUGCUAUCUGUUCUGAGGGCUUAUUUUUGCUAAACAAAAUUCACAGAAUCUCUAUUAGUUCUUCUAAACACUCUUAUUUACCUUGGUGCAGCCCCACAGAACUGGUGACUGAGCCUGCUGUAACUUAACUAUGAAGAGAGUGCUAACUUGUUGUGUCAAGCUUCUUGUUUAGUCUUAGUUUAAUGCUCUUUUUUAUUAAACAGUGCUUCAGGUCAAUGAUGUCUACCACUUUGGAAAAUGUAGGUCAACAAAAUAGAAGGGCGUAUCAAUAAUUUUAAUCAAUAGUACAAUGACAACCUAAGUCUAUAUUUCCAGUGUUCAGUUUUGGAUUCAGAGAGAAUAUCAAAGCUCCAAUUCAACAAAUGUAAUGCAAUUGUAUACUGUCAUUUUGCAUAUGAAUUUAUUCCUGGGAACUUUGAUUAUAUUGUUUUAGAUGUCUUAAAACUGUCACUGGAGUGUCAAUCCACCCAAGAUAAAUAAGAUAUUGGUCAUCUUCACACAUUUUCCAGUGAGGAGGGGAUAGGCGAUGUGACAGACAGGCAUACAUAGCCUAAAAAGCUCUUAAAAGCAAAUAUAAAACUAUUUUAAAAAUAUUAAACAUUGCUUGUAUGUCUAAUAAACAAAGAUAUAAUGCUUCAUUCCAUAAUUAAAUCUGUGAAACUGCAAUCUGUUUUUCUUGAUGAAUGGAUAAGCUUGCAUUUUGAAAAAUAAGCUUAUGUGCAAUUUGUAUAUUAUUUCACUUACUAAUAAUGCCAACUAAGCUUUUUAAUCACAGACACACCUUAUAAUCAGAUUAUCGUUUAUGCCUUCUUACUGUGAAAACAUUUUUUUUCCCCAAAAAUGAUACAAAUCCCCAAAUAAAGAAAAUUUUAAAUGAGA